AUGGGCGGAGGUCAGGCCUUGCUAACAGAUUUGUGGCGGAGUGGGAGAGGUGACCCCGGCCGGCCGGCGCCUCACCACCGGCUCCUGUUUGGCGGUGGCAAAGAGAAGGGUGCCGAGGAUGUGUUGCUCUAUGCAUGGGUGACGAAGUACAUCCUCGUUAUGAUGUGUAUGGUUUCUCUAUUUUCAGCCCUACUGCUCUUGAGCCCAAAUCCCAUGACCAUCCCCCCACCUCUCCUUCGUUGA